AUGCUAGGACUGAAAGGCUGUCUAACUAUUCUUACUGGAUACGCUAUUGCUGUCUGUGCUCUGUUUUCAAGUAGAGGAAGAAAUCCUUCAUUAACUGAUUGGGAGAAGUUAAAGGAUCAAAAAAUAUUGAAUAUUGACAGCUUUGGGUUGACUGGUCACCAUCUUUUGGAAUUUUUCCAGGAUAACUUAGCAUUUCUUGGUUUCUCAGAGGGGAGCUAUCAUCACAAGCACGUUUCUUUAUAUUAUGAUGUUUUCAAAGAAUAUAUCUUACGUCGUGCCAGCUCAAAGAAGUGCUUGCCUGUAGAGUCUGCUAUUGCAAAGUUGAACAAGGAUGUUAAUCCGAUGCCAGUUCAUUCUCAUAAUGACUACUGGAGGAAAUUGCCGCUCUUUGAAGGCCUGGCUUAUGGAGCCAGAAGUACUGAAGCCGACGUGUGGAAUAUAGAUGAAAAGAUCCUAGCCGUAGGCCAUAAUGAAGCGUAUUUGGACCCAGUUGAAUUGACACUGGAUAAGCUAUACACAGACCCACUCUUGGAGAUUUUAGAUGAGGUGAAUUGUCAAGAUUCAGACUCCGAUCGCAAAAAUGGUGUAUUCUUCAAUUCGCCAGAAACUUCACUGUUCUUUUAUAUUGAUUUCAAAUCGGACGAUAACGAACUAACUUAUAAAUUGCUGAUGCAACAGUAUCUUAAAUCUCUGAUUGAUUCCGGAUAUUUGACGUAUUAUGAUAUGAAAAAGAAUGAAAUUGUUUGGAGACCUGUUACUAUAGUAUUAACAGGCAACUACCCAACAUCAUUAGAAAUCUUAGAUAAUGGAAAUGAUGACGGUUAUUUUGAGUCAUAUCAAAGAUUUGCAUUUUUGGAUGCGCCGUUGUUAAGUUUGGAGCCCAAAUACUCAAAGCUUUCUGUAGUUACGACAGUUUCGUUCAAUCAGUUAAUGAAACAUUGUGGUUCUGAUUCUUGGAAAGUAUCGCUAAGAGGUCACAUGGAUUCGAAUGAGGUUACUUGUGCUAAAAGCCUAAUUGAUGAUGCUCAUGCGCUGAAACUCAAAACAAGAAUUUGGGGAGCUCCAACCUGGCCAUCUAACCUGGUGAAAACUAUUUCUCACCAAAUUGUCCAUGACCUGGGUUCCGAUUUACUUAACCUCGACGAUUUAUACAUGGCAUCGUCAUUGAUAUAA